GUAGUGAGCGCCUCCUGUCAAUUAUUUUUAACUUCAAUCGACGCGCCGCUCAAUAUCAACCGCCUCUCGAGUCCUGGCCUAUGAAGCUCACGAUAAGCAGGACAAUAACAAACCCCGGCUAUUGUUGUGUAUUCCGCAAGCCUCUCGGUUAUAGCUCGUUUCUUGCAUUUUAUUCUCGCAGUCUUUGUUUUUUGUUUGUUUGGUUCCUUGGAAAGGUCUUUACGCGCGCGUACCAGUCCGUCUAGAUAUUCGGCACAAUGGACUUUCUCAAGUCGACAAUCGCAUCAAUCGCUGCAAAAGCAAACUCAGCAUUCCCGUAUACCCUGGGAGAGAAAAUUGAGUUCCAGAAUGAUACUAUAUGGAAUCUUUAUCAUGCUACGCGUCGUAGCGAUAGUCAGGCGUGCUGCGUGUUCGAGUUUGACAUCAACACCCAGCGAAGCCGGCUACCACUUGCGCGGAACGCGAUGAAAAAGCUGCGCACCAUGCGGUUCCCGGGUAUUAUCAAAGUGCUUGAUACAUACGAGAGCGAGCAAUCGAUUCUGAUUGCUACCGAGUCUGUUGUUCCCCUCGACGUCGUGCUUCAGAACCGAGAACUUAUGAACGGCGAGACAAUCAAAUGGGGUCUCUACCAGGUUGCAAACACCGUGAAAUUCAUCAACGUCGACGCGUCCUCGAUCCACGGAAAUAUCCGGCAAUCGUCGAUAUUCAUCUCUGAUAGCGGCGAGUGGAAACUUUCAGGCUUUGAGCUUCUGACGUCUACGAAGGAAGACGAACCUGUGAUUUAUACUUUUGGUGGGCUUGUUCCUGAUUCUCGGCGGUUCGCGGCGCCGGAGGUUAAUAAAGGCGGAUGGGAAAUUUUGAAAAAACAACCUCACCACCUGGUCGACUCUUAUCUCUUUGGCGUCUUGAUCUUUGAGAUUUUCAAUGGCCGAUUCUCAACUGCAGAUCAGCUACAUUCAUCUACUCGAAAGCAGAUUCCCGCCGAGCUUUUUGGCGCCUUCAAGAAGCUAGUACAAGCCAAUCCCCGGCAGCGCGCAAGCGUCAAGCAGCUCAUCGAUGUAGGAAAGGAAGACAGCAAAGUCACCCCCGGCGGUGGCUUCUUCAGAACAGACAUGAUCCACCUAUCCGAGAACGUCGACAACCUGAACGUGCAGAACGAGUCCGAGCGCGACGCGUUCGUGCGAGAUUUCAACCGCGUCAAGUCUAAGUUCCCGCCAAACUACCUGCGAUUGAAGGUUUUGCCGCAGAUUGUCAGUUGCAUCGAGUUUGGAAGCGGCGGACCGAAGCUGUUUCUGCUGAUGCUCGAUAUCGCGCAAAAUAUGGAGCAGGAAGAGUUUCAGACCACUGUCACGCCGACUAUUGUCAAGCUUUAUUCCUCACCUGAUCGGACUGUUCGAAUCGCGCUUCUUGAAAAUCUUCCAAAGUACAUCGAGAAGGUGCCAAACAAGAUUAUAAACGACAAGAUCUUUCCUGAAGUGCUGACCGGAUUCUCCGACCUUGCGCCGGCGAUCAGAGAGCAGACCGUGAAGUCGGUGCUGAUUUUCGUGCCUAAGCUUUCCGAUCGAAAUAUCAACAACGAUCUCCUGCGAAGUCUGGCUCGAACACAGAACGACGAGCAACCCGGAAUCAGAACAAAUACCACGGUCUGCCUAGGAAAAAUUGCGCAUAAUCUCGGUCCUCAUACGCGGUCGCGCGUGUUGACUACGGCAUUCACAAGGUCUCUCAAGGAUCCCUUUGUGCAUGCUCGCAACGCUGCUCUGAUGGCGUUGGCGGUCACGGUCGAUAUCUUCACUCCUGAGGACUGCUGUUUCAAACUUCUCCCGGCAAUUUGCCCCAGUUUGCUGGACAAGGAGAAGAUCGUGCGGACACAGGCACACAAGACGCUCGAAAUCUAUCUUGGAAAGGUCAACAGCCACGCGGCGGCGAUGCCGGACGCGGGCUCGACUCAACCGCUGUCUUCGGCGCCGAACUCGGGCGCGGCGACACCAAAGCCGUCGGAUCAGACAGAAGGCGCUGAGACUACUAGCGAGUCUUCCUGGGGUGGCUGGGGAGCGAUUAACGGUCUCGCCAAGCGCUUGGUAAACGACGAGACCGGCGAGCCAGAUCAUGGAGUGCCUCUUCCCCGAGCCUCAAGCGAGUCUUCUGGUUCUGGACAUGUCAAGAACGGAAGUGGACUGCUCAGUCCCGGCUCAUCCGUCACUCGUCCGUCUUCGUCUGCUUCCUCGCUCGGGUUUGGAAGCUCGAGUGCUAAAUUCGAGCCGGAAGAGGCAGAUGACGACGAUGACUUUGGAUGGGGCGACCUGGACGGUGACCACUCGACGACCAACGGCAAGGCGGCCGACAAGGCAGCGGAUGAUGAAGACGAUGACUGGGCCAGCUUCGAUACUGUGAAGCCCGCGCGCACCAUCACCGCAUCGAAGCCAGCGCCAGCUAAAGCUGCGCCAGCUCGGACUGUCGCAGCGUCGACUGCUUCUACGAGAGUGCCGGCUAGCAGUAAGCCGAGCACGCUCUCCUCGAGCGCGCGGUCUGCUACCAGUACGGUCAAGAAGACAGCUACGGGAGCAAAGUCGCACUCUAUAGCCGCGCACAAGGAGCAGAAGAAGGGAUCUAAAUUUAUGGAUACUGGUCUCGACGACCCCGACGACGGAUGGGGCGAUGGCUGGUAAAAUUGGAGAGGAGUAGGCAUGGAGUAUUUUUAAUGAAGAAGCAAUAAUAGUUCUAAUUUCACGAUCAUUUACGGC